AUGGUUAAUGAACAAUUAGUGACAAAUAUACCUUUACCAAAUGCAGACGAUCCAGAUUUGUUAGAUCCGAAUAGUGAUCCAGAGCAUCCUAAAGUGAUUGUAUUUGAAGAAGUGAAGGCUGCCAGUGAACUUAUAAAAGAUGGAAUAAUUUAUACACCGUGUAAAAAGUCUCAGCUGUCAUUGGAAUACAAUAUGGAUAUUUACUUUAAAAAGGAAUUUCUUCAAGUAACUGGAAGCUUUAAAGAAAGAGGAGCUCGCAAUGCACUACUUCAGUUGACGUCAGAAGAAGCUAAACGUGGUGUAAUUGCAUGUAGUGCUGGUAACCAUGCACUUGGUUUGGCAUAUCAUGGAAGUUUGUUAAAAAUACCAAUUACUAUUAUUAUGCCUGUAAACUCAAGUUUGAUGAAACAAGAACGUUGUAAGAAGUAUGGUGGACUCGUUUUACUGAAAGCAAAGUUAAACAACUUAUUUUUAAUCAAUGGUUAUGAUCAUCCACAUAUUUUAUCUGGACAAGGUACCAUUGGUGUAGAAAUCUUAGAACAAGUUCCUGAUGUGGAUGCUAUUAUUGUACCAGUUGGUGGAGGUGGUUUAUUAGCUGGACUUUGUGUGGCAGUUAAAUCUAUUCGACCAGAAGUUAUGAUAGUUGGUGUAGAAUCUAAUCGUUGUCCUGGUUUUCAAGAAGCUAUGUUCGCUGGUAAACCAGUCUACACAGAAAAUCGUCAAUCAUCUGCAGAUGGCUUAGCUGUUUCUGUGGUUGGUGUGAAUUCCUUUGAAACAGCUCAUAAAUUAGUUGAUAAAGUGGUAACUAUUGAUGAAACAUAUAUCUAUCGUGCAGUUGUUCGUUUAUUAGAAUUUGAGAAAUCUGUUGUAGAAUGUUCUGGGGCUACUUCAUUAGCUUUAAUUAUGGCAAAUGUUUUGCCUGAAUUAAUCGGAAAAAAAGUUGUAUGCAUUCUAAGUGGAGGAAAUAUUGACAUCUCAUCACUAAGCCGUGUUAUUGACAAAGGAUUAGCACUUGAAGGUCGUCUCUGUCGAUUCAUAGUUGUUUUAAAUGAUCAACCUGAAAGUAUUUCAGAACUAUGUCUAAUUUUGAACGACAUCGGAGCUAACAUAAAAGACAUUAGUCACGAACGUAUUUGGUCAACAUCAGGUAUACUCCAAGUUCAGGUGAAAUGUACUUGUGAAAUACAGAAUGGUUCACGUAGAAUUGAUUUAGAGCAUGCAUUGAAAACAAAAUAUAAACAUGUUAUUUGGGGUGAGAAUGAUUUAAUGAUAACAUAUUAG